CAAAGAGAGAUUCUCAUUCUGUGGAGUGGAUAUAGUAAAAGGUCCCUUCCUGCCUGAUGGUAUUUCAGCAUGUCCGCCUCCUCCCAGUGGAAUGGAUGGUUACACGAUUCUACAGAUGAAGGUUACUAAAGAAACUCAAAGUUGAAUCCCAUCCCUGGCAUGAAUAUCUGAAGGUUUUUCUAAGUUUCCAAUCAUGGGUGACAUGAAGACCCCAGAUUUCGAUGAUCUCCUGGCUGCUUUUGACAUUCCUGAUCCAGACCUUGAUGGCAAGGAAGCCAGCCAUGAGGAGGCGGAAGGACACCUGAAGCAAGCAGGGAUGGGUAUAGACGAGUUGUCUCUGCACCAGCCCAUACCUGCCUCUGAUGUACCCGUAGUGAGUGUCAUCGUCAAGAACACCAGUCGUCAGGAAUCCUUCGAUUCCACCACCGAGAAGGAGUGCCAGCUGCAGAAUGGGUUUCGGAAUUCCGAUGUUACCCCGGAUCCUCACAGCCUCGGACACAACUACAACAAACUGGUCACAGCCUUCAUCAACGGAGACAACGCAAGAAGCUUUUCUGAUAAGUUUGACCUGCAACGGGGAACGAACCUGCCAACGUUCAGCCAGUUCAGCCCCAUCUCUAGCCCCGAACCGGAGGAUGGCUUACAUUGUGGUGGGGCGGUGGAUAAAAUGAAACACGAUGAUAGACCUUACCUUGUAUCUGCAGGCCUGAGUUCUGUGUUGGACACCACGAGGAAGCUGCCUGAGCAAGCGGUGACAGAGCUCAGCAUGUUUGACGAGUACUCUAAAAAACGGGAGAAGGCCAAUGAAACUCAGAACUGUAAGGCCACAGAGAGUCAAUUGGGACACCGGGUGAACUCAGCAAGCAUGCCUGGGAAAGCUGAGCAAGAUGGCGAAUGCUUUGUUAAAAGCAACCGUUUCUUUGACGGCUUGAGUUCCCCGGGUGACUUACACAACAGCGGCUUAGGCGAGCCAAAGAAUAGCAGCGAUGCGGAGCUGAGCACGUGCUCGUCUGUUCCACCUCGGCAACGACUGAAGUCAGCGCAUUCCAAGUUCUCCUCUUGCUUAGCUGCGCUGGUUGCUUUAAACUCCAAAAGAGUGGUGGAGAUUUCAAAGGAGGAACAAACCUCGAACUGUAACUCAAAGGAAUCUUCACUGCUUUUGAAGGACGGGUUAAAGGGCAGCCCCAAGAUGCCAAAGUCGCCAAAGAGUCCCAGAAGUCCGAUGGAGGCAGUGAGGAAACUGCUGAGCAAACCACCCGACAGCCCCAGGAGUGUCUCCAGUGACUACAGCAGCAAAGGAUCGCCGUCUGUGGCGGGCAGUUCGCCCCCAGCCAUCCCGAGGGUCCGGAUCAAAACUAUCAAAACCUCGUCUGGCGAAAUCACCAGGACUGUGACCAGGAUAAUGCCUGAUUCUGAGCAGAGUGAGACAAGAAGCUCACCCGAGCAGUCAAUGGCUGAAAUGAGCCUCGCCGAAGAAUUGGGCUUGAAAGCGAGCCCUGGGACCCUGGCCUCAAUGCAGACCCACAACUCUGCAGAAAAUGGAAAGAGGCAGCUGUGCGCCAAAAGCUUAGCGGCUGCCGUUAGCUCCCUGUCCAACAUACCUGUCAAGGUGAGUGGCUCCCAGCUGUUUGCUGAGAAGCUGGAAGGCAGUAGGAAUCUAAAAGCCAUGACUGUAUAUGAAGCUCCCGCGGACCAGGCCAGCAGUGCCAUCAGGAAGGCUGCCAGUGAGGUUCAGAAGCAAGCGGGGGUGAAGCAGAUGCCGAACGUGUCCAGCAGCAGCCUCCUCCCUAAGGCCGUCCACCUGGCCAGCCUCAACCUGGUCCCUCAUAGUGUGGCCGCCAAUGCCACCGCCAGGUCCAGUAACUCGCGCCCGAAGAUGGUCACCCAAGUGCUCACCGUCCCGCUGGUUCAGCAAGUGAAGAAGCCCGUCUCGCUGCCCAGUGAGUCUCCUACUGCAGACCAGAGCAUCGUGGUGGAGGCGUUUAACAAACUGUUAAACAGCACCAACCCCGUGCCAACCUACACACCGAACCUUAAGCCGCCUCCGGACAGCAGUUUGUCCUUGCCUGCCCGCGGCUAUCGAUGUCUGGAAUGUGGAGACGCUUUCGCUCUGGAGAAGAGCUUGGCUCUGCACCAUGACAGGCGAAGCGUCCACAUCGAGGUCAUGUGCAGCCAUUGCUCCAAGCAGCUGGUUUUCUUCAACAAGUGCAGUUUGCUGACACACGCGCGGGAGCACAAGAGCAAAGGCGUGGUCAUGCAGUGCUCACAGUUGUUAAUGAAGCCCAUUCCCCCCAACCAAAUGUUUUCCACUUCCACCCCCACCGUGACCUCCUGCCGUCCCGUCCCAGCCGCCACCCCAGCUGCCCAUGUCCCCGGAAGCUUGACGGUAAUCGGAACCGGUAGCUCAGCAGCCAAUCAACCUGCCAUGCCUCUGCGGAGUGACCCACUUAGGUUAAUCCGUCACGGGCUGAAAUGCCUCGAGUGCUAUGAGCAGUUCCAGGAUUGUGCUGGCCUUGCUGCUCACUACCAGCUGGCUCCAGAGGACACUGAUUUGCUGACUUGUCGGAUCUGCCAGAUGAUGCUGCCCAAUAAAUGCAGUUACACUGCUCAUCUGCGAAUCCAUACUCACAAGUCCCCUUACUGCUGUCCGGAGUGUGGGUCAGUGUGCCGCUCAGCUUACUUCCAAACCCACGUGAAGAAUAACUGCUUGCACUAUGCACGGACAGUAGCCUAUAGGUGUAUCUACUGUCGGGUCAUCUUUAACGACCUGAGCACGCUCAAGACUCACAUCCAAGUCAGCCAUUGCGAAUAUUUCCAUAAGUGCACAGUGUGUCCUAUGGCCUUCAAGACACCUCAAAGCGCCAACUCACAUUACGCCAACCAGCAUCCUUUGGUUAGAAACCGCGCAGCACAAGUCAUCUUCAAGUGCUCUAUGUGUGAAACCGUCUUCAACCAGCGAGCGAUGCUACACAAGCACUUCGACCAGCACAAAAACAAGCUGAUUGUGUGUGUGUACAAGUGUCCUGUAUGCCAAUCCCUGUACUUGCACAAACAGCUGAUGAUGGAGCACUUCAAGGACGUCCACGGUGUUGGGCAGAACAUGGAAGAUUUGCCAAACUUCUGGCUUCCGUCCAGGGAGGCUUCCAGCAGUCGAGUCCCCAAACCAUCCUCCACCUACAGCACCUCCAACGGUGUCGCCUCCAACACCCCGAGCACCAGCCUCUGCAGCUCUGAGCCCAGAGUGAGGGGCAAGAAUCCCGGCUGGACAUGUGGAGAGUGCUUACAGUGGCUUCCGGAUCGAGAACUCUACGUCUCUCACAUGAAGAGAACCCAUGGCAAGUCAAUGAAGAGAUAUCCCUGCCGGCAGUGUGAUCGUUCGUUCAACACCUCCCACAGCCUUCGACGACACAUCCGUACCAACCAUAACAGCUUUAAGAGAACCUACACCUGCUGGUACUGCACGGAUGAAAAGCACUUUUUCGCCAAGCGUUUCCUGCUGGAGAAACACAUCAACUUAAUGCACGGCAUCAGGAACCCAGACUUCAGCCAGAUGCCCAAAGCUGUUGCCAUAGGCGGAGACUCAACAGAGAGUUUAACCGUCAAACGGGUGCCAAUCGAGUCUGAGGGGGACGAGCCAGCCAGCUCUGACUGUGAGGCCACGACUCCCAAGAAGCUGAAGGUCGCUGUGUCUAAGCAGCACAGAUGCUCCAAAUGUGGCUACGAAACCGAGGACAACGCAACCUUCCUGGGGCACAUAGCUCAGCACAAGACAGACGGCAGCACCUUUCAGUGUCCGCAGUGCGGCCUGUGCUACACCUCGGCCCUCUCCCUCAACAGGCAUCUAUAUAUCGUCCACAAAAUCAAGGAGACGGAGGAGAAGCCGGAACCCGAUUUGGUGAAUGAAAACGGGCAGGAAGAACACAAUGGGCAGCCCAACACUACAGAGGAGGACGACAAGGAGGAGGAGGAGGUGGGCUCUGGGCUGCAGUGUCGAGUCUGCAAAGGAGAAUUUGACACUGAGACAGCAUUGAGCGCUCACGUGCGGACUCACGGGAUGCGGUUUAUAAUGUCCCAGCAGAACGGAGGAGCGGAGCAAUGACUGCAGCACGCGGAGUAGAAGAGAAUCUUUUUAAUCCUCCUUCAUCCCCGAGUGGCUGCGCGGAGCCCCGGGAGGCUGCCGGCCUUCAUGGAGUCAUAAGACGGUAACUUUAUUUUUAAGCAACAAGUGGUACUCGUUGAAAAUCAGUGGCCGAGGCACUCACUCUCCCAGCCCUCGAAUCACCACCAGAGCAAAGCCAGUGCAGGAUCAAACCCUCCUGUAUGUUUUGUUAAACGAAAGGAACUGUCCUUGUGUCAAAGCUGUUAAGUAUUGGUUUGGGACAACCCAAUGCACAGGGAAAGCAAACCAGGCGACACUUCCUGGGUCUUCCCGUCUGAACAAGGUUUGUAAUGAGUUACUCUGAGGUCCCAGUGACCCACAGUCUCUCACUGUGAGCUCGCCAACC